AUGGAGGCGGUGUACGGCGGUUUGGACAAAGAUAGGAUAAAUUGGAUCAGUUUCAAUGGAACAACAGACCGACACGCAUGGACAAACUCCCAGGGGACAUUGUCGUUGAGUAAAGGCUGGAACGACUGGAAGAACUCGUCUGGAUGGAUGUACGAGAGCCAGCUGACACUCUGGAAGCCCAGGAACGUGAGCGCAGGGCUCAAGAUGGGCCAAACAGAGGACAUGUCGAAAGCCAUUAAAAGAAAAUUAGUUACAUUGGUCUCCAAUGUACUCGUCGUACAAGUUGUAGAAGGUACCAGAAAGACAUUGGUAGAAUUCGGUGUUGUUACCGAUGGCCAAGAAUCCGUCAGAAGAAAUACCCCAUCCAGCAGCGUAGAUGGCACCGGCUUGUGGUGGUGGGCCGUCGAAUUGGACUUGAUGGUUGGCGACAAUGGAACCGAUUCUUCCUUCAGAGUCGUACAAGACACCGUCUUUCAAGGUAAUGGCCAAAGCACCGGUCUUGUAGCAAGACACGGAAUCGACGUAGUCACCAGAAGCAGAGGAAGUGGAGGAGGCGCUGGAAGAGGUUGCAGAAGCGGUGGUAGAAGCUUGCACCUGGCCGUCAGAGAUCUGGGAAGCAACACCGCUGGUGGUCUUAGAAGCAGAGGUGGUGGAGGUGGAAGCCUGCACUUGUCCGUCAGAGAUCUGGGAAACAACAUCAGCAGCAGUAGAGGUAGAAGAAGAGGCAGACGAGGUGGUGUCAGCCUGAAUCUGGCCAUCUCCGAUUUGGGUCACGAUGGAGUCGUCGGAGGAUGCAGAUGGAGUGGCGGUGGUGGCCUGGAUUUGGCCGUCGCCGAUCUGGGUCACAACAGCAGCAUCGGUCUUCUUAGCAGACGAAGAGGAAGAAGAAGAGGUGGAUGUGGUGGCUUGGAUUUGGCCGUCGGUGAUUUGAGAAACAACAGCAGCGGCAGUGCUCUUCUCCUCGGAGGCGGUGGUGGAGGUCUCGGCCUCAGUGUUGGUGGAAGCUUGGAUUUGACCGUCACCGAUCUGAGAAACAACCUGUCUCUUCUUCAAAGCGAGAGAAGACACGCCAGCAGAAGCAGAGGAAAUUGGCUCGACAGCAAUACCGAAAGUGGCAGAGUAGCUGGUCAAAGCAGCGUCCAAAGUAGCGGACGGAGUAAGGGUGGUCCAGUAGGUGGAGCCAACGUAGGCAGCGAAUGUGUUGGAAGCCAGAGAAAUGACAGCGAGCGAGGAAGAGAAUUUCAUAAUGCUAGCGAGUUGACUGUCCUUCGGGGAAGCUGGAAGCCAGGCUUUUAUAGAUUUCUGACGCCUGAGCCACUAAAUUUAGUAAUUGUUUUGUAA